CAACGCUCUUGUGCCUUCAUUGGUUAGGAUUUACAUGUUGACAUUUGUGUGUGAAAUGGGGAAAACACUGAACCGUCGGUAGCUAUAUAGUUGGUAAAAUAAAACAUAAAAACUUGCAGCUAGCUACACUGUGAACAUGUCUAUGUACGUUUGCGUUUGAUGGCAUGCUUUUUUGAUUUAGUAAGUGGCUAGCUAGCUAACAAAAUGUUAACCAGGCUUGGAGUUUUUGGUUAUAUGAACAUUGUCAAAACACUUUGCAAUAGUACAAAUAGGUACCUUCAACGCUUCGCCUCAGAUAAUGAUAUAAAGAAAUUUAUUAUAGAAAACACUGAGAUAGUAAGAAAGCAUAACUUGACCCCAGAAAUCCAUUUGAGACUGUUCACCCCAAAUUGUCGGUUUUGGCAUGCAAGACCAGAACUGUGGCCUUUCUCUGACCCAUUCUGGGCAAUAUACUGGCCAGGGGGACAAGCACUCGCCAGGUAUCUGUUGAGUAACCCUGGAGUGUCACAGGGCAAGAGAGUGUUAGAUCUGGGGUGCGGCUGUGGAGCCUCUGCUAUAGCUGCCAAGUUCUGCGGUGCUUCUCAUGUAGUAGCCAAUGACAUCGACCCUGUUGCAGCCAUCGCGACCCAGCUGAACUGUGAGCUGAAUGGCCUGAACCCCCUCCCUUGUGAUACGGAGAAUGUGAUUAGUUCAGAGCCCGAGGAAUAUGACCUCAUCCUCCUGGGAGACAUGUUCUAUGAAGAGGCAUUGGCGGACAGCCUUCACAGCUGGUUAAACUGCUGCAUCCAGACCCACGGGACACAGGUCCUGAUAGGAGACCCGGGGAGGGCCCAGUUUGAAGGACACGGCAUCAGGAGGCUCCUGCGUCAGGAGGCUCAGUUUGAACUGCCUAAAGCUGUCAGAGAGGAGAACUAUGGACUGACCUGCAGCACUGUGUGGCGCUACCUGCCUGAACUCUGACAGACAUCUUUCACAAACCCAUAUUUGUAUAUAAUAUAUCCCAUUUAGCAGACGCUUUUGUCCAAAGCGACUUACAAGUCGGCUGGGGCCACUACUUUUACAUAUGGGUGGCCCCAGUGGGAAUCGAACCCACGACGCUUGGCGUUGCAAGCGCCAUGCUCUACCGACUGAGCCACAUAUGCUUUAGAGCACUCCUUCAACUGUUGUUGUUUGUGACACUUGACAUAUGAUUGUGGAAUUGCUAUCAGCAAGUGCCUGGCAUUGACUCAAUUAAAACUUGUCAAUCUUCUUUGCCAUGAAGUCAAAUGUACUGUUGUUAAACAAACACCUCUUUUGACAUCUCAAACCUAAGCAUAUCUCUUUUAUUCAAAACCCAGCAAUAAUGCCACAGUAGUAUGGGGUGUUGUCUCAACAACAAAGUUGUACACAGAUCUAUGAUUUGAAAAUGACAAUUAACAAAUGUAAAACUACAUAUUUCAAAUGAAAUCAAUCACAUCUAUGUUAACAAUAAAGCAUGUAAACUUACACUGCAGUCAGACUGCAAUCCAAUGACCUAACAGUAGGGGGCAUCCACACUCCUUACUAUCAUUCAUGACAUGUUCUGAUUGAGCCACUACCUCCUGACCCUGAGUUGGCUAUAUAAAAAUUAUACUCCAUAUUUAUUAAUCUGGCAGAUAAACACGCCCUUUUUUAAUAAUUCAGAGUCAAAUAUUGAUUAAACCCUUGGUUUUCUUUGGGAUUAUUUGAGCUCAUUCAGAGGAGAUAUCAGGCUUGGGCCAAAGCCAGGAAACUGACUGUAGUGGACUGGCAAUCCUUCAGACAAUUGAGAAACAGAUGUACUAUCUUGUUUAAGAAAGCUAAAUCAAGCUACUUUUUAAGCUCUUAUUUUGGAAAACAGUAAAUGCACUGAAGCGUACAAAUUCCUCUUCCUCCCUGCCUUAUCAAGUUCUGCCUGACUGGCAUCAUAACUGAGAAGAAUGUGAUAAGUGAUGCUUUUAAUCAUAAUUUUAUCUCUGCAUGCUUUUUAUUUGAGACAAACGGUGGUAUAGUUGACCCUGGUCAGUCAAUCAUCUGCUCUGCCAGACUCGACAGUUAAUCUGUCAACUUCUAGGGAAUCUUUGUUUUCAUUUCAACAAUUUACUAUCUGUUAUGUGCUAGAUGCCUUGCUUAAGAUUGAUGUAAAAGAAAUCCUCUGGCGCUGAUAUGCUUGAUCCAUUUUUGCUGCAGCUCUCGGUCUCUCUGAUUGCCUAAUCAUUAACCUGGUACUAUCCCAAGGGUUUGUAAGGUGGUCCAUGUACGCCCCUUCACAAAGGUUAUGACCCAUGUGACCUAGAUAAUUAUCGGCCUUCUUGCCUAGCUAAAAUAUUAGGAUCUUUGAUUAAUUCUCAGCUACCAUCUUUCUUAUAUUUGAAAUGUAUUGAAGUGAAUUUGGAAGGUAUUCAGAUCCCUUCCCCUUUUCCACAUUUGGUUGCGUUACAGCCUUAUUCUAAAAUGUAUUAAAUGUUCUCACAUCAAUCUACACACAAUACCCCAUAAUGAAAAAGUGUAAA